UAUCUCCGACCAACCAGUCGGAAAUUUUCUCUCCCUUUAACCCAUUUUUUCCUCGGGAAAGUGUUGCUUCCUUACACGCAACGGAAGCUAAUUACAACCUAAUUUUCCGAUCCACUGUUCAUUCUGAAUCUCUCCGGUUGUAAUUCUCUUCCGUUCGGUAGAUCAGCCAUUGAUUCUUCUUCCAACUAUUCUCUUCCCAGAUUAUUGUAUUCCUUGUUUCCAUCUGCCCAAAUCUCUGUUACUCAACGCGCAGCCGCCAGAAUGAGCUCCAUAUCUCUCUCCAAUUCUCAUGCUCUCGCGCCGGCUUAUCAUCAUCCGCUGCCUCAAUCUCAGCGCCGGCAAUGGCAUCGCCGGCAUCUGCUCUCGUCUAAUCCUCUCUCUAGGCUACACUGGCUUGGGAUCUCCGACCGACAGUACUCCGCCAGACCUCCCGGGCCUCUGGUUCUAGCUUCCUCAGGUGCCGGCGUUCUCAACUCUUUUCCGCUCAGAGCUGGAACAUAUACGGUCGGCGAUUUUAUGACGAGAAAGGAGGAUCUUUAUGUUGUGAAACCUACGACAACAGUUGAUGAAGCAUUAGAGGCACUUGUGGAAAAGAGGAUAACUGGUUUUCCUGUUGUCGAUGAAGAUUGGAAUUUGGUUGGAGUCGUCUCAGAUUAUGACUUAUUAGCACUUGAUUCCAUUUCAGGUGGUACCCAAUGUGAUACUAAUCUAUUUCCUGAUGUGGAUAGUUCGUGGAAAACAUUCAAUGAGAUACAGAAACUGCUCAGUAAAACAAAUGGUAAAGUUGUGGGUGACCUGAUGACACCUGCUCCACUAGUUGUUCGUGAAACUUCAAAUUUAGAAGAUGCCGCAAGAUUGUUACUUGAAACAAAAUAUCGUCGAUUGCCAGUAGUAGAUGCAGAUAGCAAGCUGGUGGGGAUCAUCACUCGGGGCAAUGUCGUUAGAGCUGCGUUGCAGAUAAAACGUGCCGCUGAAAGAUCGACAUAAUUCUAGAAUGUCUAGGAACGUUGGCUGGUGUCGCUCUGAGGUAAACGCAUGAAACACGAAUGCUUAGCAUUAUUUGUAGAUCGUGAAUAUAGUAUCGUCUUAUAGUUACACAGGAUUGGACUUCUAGUUACAGUUAACAGAAGUUGUGGAUUACAUCCGCAAGUAA